AUGUUUCCACUUCUGCCUCUGUCCAUUCUCACUCUCGCGACUGCCACCCAUGCACACAUGGAGAUGUCAUGGCCGGCCCCCUUUCGCUCCAAGUUCAACCCACACGCCUCGCCCGGCAAGGUCGAUUAUUCCAUGACUGCUCCUCUCAAGGCCGGCGGCGCAGAUUUCCCCUGCAAGGGCUAUCACUCCGACAUGCAAGAUGCCGCCGGCGUCGGUGCUCCCGUUGUCACCUGGAAGGCCGGCUCGCCCUACAACUUCACCGUCGUCGGCGGCGCUCCCCACAAUGGCGGCUCCUGUCAGGCUGCCCUCAGCUAUGACAAAGGCGCCACCUUCAAGGUCAUUCAUUCCUACAUUGGCGACUGUCCACUUAUGAACACCGGUAACUUCAACUUCGCUGUACCCUCCGAUGCCAAUCCCGGCCCGGCCAUCUUCGCCUGGUCCUGGCUCAACCAAGUCGGCAACCGCGAGUAUUACAUGAACUGCGCCUCCGUCAAUAUCGCUGGCGCUGCCGGUGGUGCUGGCACGCCGCCGCCAAAAGUCUCCUUUGCGUCGCGCCCAAACCUCUUCGUCGCCAACCUCGGCAAUGGCUGUACGACGGUCGAAGGCAAAGACACCGUCUUCCCCAAUCCCGGGCCCGAUGUGACAAGCAAGUCUUCCAAAGUAGAUAAUUCCGGCAGUAUUGUGGGAAACUGCGAACCAGCUAAGAGUAAUCCGCGCGCCCGAUCUGAAUCUGACCCCCGCUUAUUCGUAGCAAGUGGCGAGCAAAUCAGCGUAAUCCCCGUCGCCACUGCCGGUACGCGCGUCCCCAUGCCCACCGCCGCUCCCGCCCAGCCCGCGCCGCCCACCACUACCGGUAUGGCUCCAGGCAGCAUGAAGAUUAGCGCCGACGGUGAAUGUGGCGGGCCCCAGACGUGUCUCGGCUCAACCUACGGCAACUGUUGCUCUCAGUUCGGCUUCUGCGGCGAUAGCGACACGCAUUGCGGCUAUGGCUGCAUGGAGGGAUACGGCACGUGUGGCUCCAAUGGAACGGCGCUCAAACUGCGUCUGCGUGGUCCUCAUUUUCGGUAUCUGUAA